GGGGGGCCGGGACUGCUUGAAGAAGGGCACGGUGGAACGGCAGCGUGGAGGCAUGGAGACAUCCUGCUUCGUAACAUCUUUUCCAACCUGCUAGCGAUGGCCUCCAACCUAAGAGCGAUGCAACCUAAGGGCACGGUAGAGGCAUGGCUGGGCACCUCCACAUGGUCAGCCACAGGGCUUUGUACAUUGUCCAGCUAGGUUCUACACGGAGCAGUGCUGGGAGAUUUGCAUGCCUUUGGACAAGUGCAGACUUGGUGCGAGACUUGCUGCAAGCGAUCUUUCAUUUAGCUCCUCAGACGAUGGCUUCGCCAAGCUCUUGUCAAUCCUAGCCUUCUUUGCUUCAGUUGAGACUCGUGUAACUGUACGACUCAUCCCCAACAUCCCCGACCCAGACCGAUCUCCUUCGUCGUCCGCUCCGUGGCUUUCUGGUGAUGGAAUUUCUGGUUGCGAGAUCGCGGCACUCUGUGGGAAUGGCCCCCCUGGUGGCAGCAAGCGAUGUGGACAAAUAACUCCCAGAGGUGUGGACAUUUGGUCGAUAGACCAUGAGUCCAUGAGGUCAUAGACACUUGCACGACGUUGGAGUUGUGUGUGGACAGGGAGGUUUGAACCUUUUCUGUUUGGGAGGCUCCUAUGAAUAUUCUGAGACAAACCAAUGAAUCUGGAACAUCAGUCACAAGGCCAGUGUUUGUAAAAAGGUCAAUGUGCUCUGCUUGGAGUUGAAGUGGGAAGCCGGCUGAUGACGACCGUAAAACUUUCAGAAAAAUGUUGCACCUUGGAAGUGGGACAAGUGGAAGGCCAGGGGCAAGCCCAGAGGUUGCAGUGAUGGAGAUGCUUGGGCUUGUUUGCCUCUUGAGCUGCAGUAUCAGAGGGGCAGGUAGACAAAGGCUGCAGACUCUGCAGACUUACAGUAUGUUUUGUGGCCACGGCUGGUCUGCGAGCGCUCGGUGAGACCAAAGAGGUCACAGCGGCCUCAAUCUUUGUUGUAAUUAGCGGUUCUUCUUCAGACUGCGUGAGUGCAAGUUUGGCUCACCUUCGAGUGGAGGUUAGCUGUUCUUGUUCAGACCUCGUGUAUCCUUCAUGUGGCUCUGAUCCCAGUGUUUUAGGAUGUUUUAGAUCCUCCUGGACUGAGCUUCCCACUCGUGGCGUGUCUGAGAUGAGGAAGAGCUGUAACUCGUGGUGUGGGUUGGCCCGGUUUGCCGAGUGAUCUCGUCUGGACAAGCUCACACAUUUCUGUUCAGCGUUGCAAGUCACACGCAAUCUGGACGCUGAAGUUGUGACCCCCCAUUUCAGAUUUGAGAUGAUUUGAGCAUUGAAAGCAAGACCAAAAUUGCUUGGUGAUCUCCGCAAAGUCGUUUUUUUUGACUGGGCGGCGAAAAGCCAUGCCACAUUUGGAAGCCCAAAAGCGCCAGCUGGCUGCUACAUCUUCAAUCAUGCCAGGAACAAGCCUUUGGGCCCAAACUAAGAUGCACAUCAUCCACUGCUAGCAGGCUUCGGCCACCCCCGACCAAGGGUCAGGUGUUGUCAGCCGUAGGGGUGUGGCAGUUUCGGUGCGUUGUCCGCUGCGCCUGUGGGAGCCGAGAAUCAAUCAGCAGCGCAAGUUCAGGGUCAAUGUCUUGCAGGUGAAGCAUUGAAGAGAUAGCUCAUGCCAUGUGGCGAGCUUUCCGAACUGGAAGAUUCGGAAGGGCAGCUCCCGGUGCGCGUGGUGUGAAAGUUGAUGGUGAACUUCUCGUAUUGGACGACCAAGUGGUGGAGUGAUCCAAGGAUUAGAUGUGUAAUGAUGUGUAUGGGAAUGUCUCAGCGACAAAGUUUCUUUUUUCCUUCCUAUCUCAGAGGAUUCCCGUCAUUUUAAACAGAAGCGGCUGUGACCAAGUCGCAGAACCGGCGGCGUUGGGCUUCCACAUAGCGUGAAGAGACGAUACACAGUUUGGCUGCUAGUCCUGGGAAGAAGACCGCUGUUGUGCUCCGAGUGCAGCCGCACUUGAAGGCUCUGGGCACCCAGCGCAACCCAGGGUAGAAAUAUGUUACGAUCUGUAUUGUUCAUGUGACACUUCUCUCUUACCCCUACCUGCUGAACUCCUGGCCAGCGAAGUUCGGCUCCAUCCCUGUUGCACAGACAGGAGCUGAAGGCUUUAAACAAGCAGACAUAUCCUUGGACAAGCCAAAAGUUGAACGUGUUUGGAUUGACGCGCCCAACUUUGCAGUUAGGCAUUUGCCGUGUUAUUCUUCCAUGCUGAUCUCGUCUCACACAUGUCGCAAGCAGUUCCAAUACUCUUCUCUUACAGUAUCGCGAUGUAGAGUGACCUUUUCAGAAGAUUCUUAUUGUUUGUCUUUUGUUUGCGAGGUUAAUUGUGAAUCAAUUUCUCGCUGUAAUGCCAAGGAUGCGGGCCAGGAAGGAACCCCUGAUGAAUUUGCCCAGCUUUUGUUUCCACAACAUGCUUGCAGUAAGAAAGCAGAGCCUUAAGGUUGGUAGCGGUGGGCCGCAUCAUUUUCUGACAGUUCCUUGGAAUGUUUUUGUGCUUUGCUAAGAAAUGCUGCGGAAGUAGUGGCCUGGCAACAGCUCGAUUAUUUGACAGCUUGGCUGCCACUCCUGGGAAGAAGACCGCUGUUGUGCUCCGAGUGUAGCUGCGCUUGAAGGCUCAUGGCGCCCAGCGCAACCCAGCGUAGACAUGUGGUGCGAUCUGUAUUGUUCAUGUGAAACUUGUCUCUUAACCCUACUUGCUGAACUCCUGGCCAGCGAAGUUCGUCUUCAUCCCUGUUGCACAAAGAGGAGCUGAAGGCGUUAAACAACCGCAUAUCCCGUACUCUUGGAUAAACCAAAAGUUGAAGGGCUUUGGAUUGACAUGCGCAAUUUUUGCAAUUGGGCAUAUCUCCCUGUGUUAUUCUUCCACAUGUUGCAGGCAGUUGCCACAGGCUCUGGACAAAUCCUUCGGACUCCUCUGGACGGCAACUGGGCUUUAAAGCAGCACAGAGUUGGAGGAGGAACUUGAGAAACACCAGCUCUUGCACUGCCCUGUCAGCCUUCCGCUGGCCUUCCAACAGACCAACCAUGGUGA